AUGAACGGCAAUCAGCAAUGGACGCCCUCGUCCGCCCAUCACCUCAAUGGCAACCGCUCCUUCCACUUCUCCGACGAUGGCACCGCCCGCACCCAGACCCCCAUCGACAACGCCUCCCUGUCCCAGUCCCAGUCCCAAUCCCAGAUGUCGAUGCCUGAGGCAUCAACUUCAUCUGAUAACCCGGACGACGACCGGCAGCGCGCCUUUUUUCGCGACCUCUAUCACCAGGCCGAGGCCAAGAUCGCCCAUCUCUUCGCCGAGGACGGUUCCUACAACUGGUCCGGCAUAGACUCUCUCCGCCGCCCCGUCACCCUCGGCGCACCCCUUCUGCCCCCGACCACCGACCACACCCCCAUCGAGGAGCGCCCCGUCAAGCGAGUCAAGCGCGUCAUUGACGAAGAUGACUACGGCGACGACGACGAGGACGACGAGGACGACCAAGAUGACACCCGGGACGCCUCGCCGUCCAAGUCCAAAAGCGCCCAGGCCUCCAGGGGCCUGCUCUCCCCGUCCAAGUCCGGGAGCUCCCCGGUCCAGUCCGUGACCACCCCCGAGAAGCAGGCCGACAAGUCCAAGGACGACACCUCGCAAGGGUCGCAAGACCGGAGCAAGUCGUCUGAGGAUGCGCGCAAGAAGUUGGAGGAGGAUCGCGUGGCCACCGAGGACGCCGCCAAGCGCAGCUUCCACACCCUCAUCUACACCCUCGAGAAUGACCGCACGGCCAUGCUGGAACAGCAACAGCUCGAGGAGUCCGAGAAGCAGCUCCAGGCCGAGAUGGAUAAGAACAAUAACGGCCAACCCACCAGCGGCGCUUCUGGCGAGAACCAUGGCUCGCUCAGCAGCGCGAACCUCGGCGCGUCGAGCCUCACCCUCAAGCACCUCAUCGCGCGCAUAGACAUGAAGCGCGACAUGGUCCGCGCCUCGGAUGCCGAGCUGCGCUCCCUUAUGAACGAGGUGCGGAAAAACCGAAGCAAGUGGGCGAGCGAAGAGUUUGUCAACCAGGAAGAACUGUACGAGGCCAUUGAAAAGGUCUUGACAGAGCUGAAGGCGCACACGGAGUACUCAACGCCUUUCCUACAGAAGGUGAACAAGCGAGACGCGCCUGAUUACUAUAACCUCAUCAACAAGCCCAUGGAUCUCGGAACCAUGACGAAGAAGCUCAAGUCUGCGCAGUACAAGUCCAAGUCAGAUUUUGUCGUGGAUCUCAACCUGAUCUGGGAUAACUGUCUCCGAUACAACCAGGAUCUCAACCACCCGCUGCGGCGCAUGGCAAAUGGCAUGCGUAGGGAGGCCGAGAAGCUGAUCCCCUUGAUCCCCGACCUCGUUAUUCGGCCGCGCGCUGAGGUGGAGGCUGAGGAACGGCGCAAGCAGAAUGGUGGUGACGAGGACGCAGGCGAAGACUCAGACGAUGAGCCCAUCAUGUCUUCUCGCGGACGUGUCACAGGGGGGGCUAAAGGCACAAAGUCACGCAAGGCUCCGUCUGAUCAGAAGGAGGGAACCCCCAAUGUCGAUCAGAAACCAGUGCUGCAGCUGAAUGGCCUCCUGGCCAAAACGGGCAGGGAGGGAUCAGAGCUCGAGGGGAGCAAUGGCUUCGGGACACCCCCUGUCGGUGGCUCGAACACACCCAGCGGCAUCCAUGGCAUGUCAGGUAUCGGCAGCAAUGCAGAUGCGAUGGACAUUGACGGCCCUUCUCUGAACGGAAUGGCACUCGAUCGUGCCCUGAACGAGGCUCAGGAGCAGGCCUUUGAAGACGAGGAGUACAAGGUCUACAAGCAGAUCACGAAGAAAGACCGAGCCCAUGUUGCCAAGCAACGCUAUCAGCUGUUUGGUGGCAAUAAACUCAACGUUGAUGAGCCUGCACUCCUCCGCAGCAAGGCCUCGAUGCGCCGGUUUCUCCGUCAUCAACAGCAGGCAGACGCCAUUGGAGUGUCCAGUCCUACCCUGGCCGAUGGGUCAGCUGCAGGCGCCAAAGACGCCUCCAAGGCAUCCGAGACUCUUGCCGAGGGCAUGGAAGAAGACGUCGAGCGCGUUGUCCCUGACUGGUACGACCCGCAGAGCAUGAUCCCCGACAUCCACCCCAAGCUCCAAUGGGUCGAGGACAAUGAAGGGCAAGUGAUCAACCAACACGAGGAAUUCUUGAGGACCGUCCCAGCCGGCCUGUACACCGCUCCGAAGAGUUACUUGUCAGACAAGCUCGACUCCAACCUACGUCAGAUGCAGGAGACACGCAAAACUUGUGCAAAGAUCGCCGUCGUCAAGCAAAUGCAGAUCCAGACCCAGAUGUACCAAAACCAGUUUCCCAAGUACGAUCCUGAGCCUUUCGUCGAGCACGAUAUCGAGCCCCACGUCAUCUGCAGCGACGACAACAUGGUCAUGGACCCUCGCGUCAACAGGGCUGCGCUGCAGAGAUCGGUCGCCAAGUUAUUCUACCACGCAGGAUUCGAAGAGAUGCAGCCAUCGGCUCUUGACGCCGUGACUGACGUCGCGGCUGAUUACUUUCACAAAAUCGGCAUGACGUUCAAGACGUACUUUGAAGCUGACAGGAUGGACCCUUCCGCGCUCUACGCACAAGGUGGCGCCAAGGUACAGCCUCGGUUCACCGACGAGGAGGUUCUUUUGCAUACCCUCCAUGAACAUGGCUAUAGCGUUGAGGAUCUGGAGUCUUAUGCAAAGGACGAGGUUGAGCGGCUGAGCAACAAGCUCGGAUCCAUUCAUGAUCGCAUGAAGCAGCAUCUAAGUGACCUAUUGCGGCCUGCCCUUACUGAGAACGGUGUAGAUGGUGGCGCGUCUUCAUUCAACGAAGGCAGCGAACAGUUCGUCAGCGGCGACUUUGCAGACGACCUCGGCGAGGACUACUUUGGUUUCCGUGAGCUCGGCCUCGCAGGUGAACUGGGCGGCAUGUUAUCUGUGCCUCUACAUCUUCUCCACUCGCGGGUACGAACGAACUUCGCCAGCCAGAACCAGGUCGCUGGGCCCGUCGAUGAACAGAUGUUCGAUGACUUGCCGGCUCCCGAGGCAGUUACGAAGGAUAACAUUCACAACGAGAUUGGCCUUGUUAAGAACUUCUUCCUCGCCAAGUUGCACGCUAAUGGCGAUCAACCCUUGGUGGAAGAUGCAGACUUGCCAGUCAAGCAGCAGCGUCCUCGGCCACGCCUCGGCGCUACCGGCAAGAUUGUAUCACCCCAGAAGCGACCACCCAAGGAGCAGAAUGCGAUUAACAAGAAAAAGAAGAAGAUGGAGGCCGCCGCUGCUGCGGAGAAGGCGAACGCCACCAACAGCAGCCCCGAAAAGGGCAAGGAUAAGAAGCCUGUCAAGCCCAGUCCGGUUCCUGUGCCCAAUGGCUUGGUUCUCUCGCGACCGUCAGCCCCCGAGAUGUCCCGUGUCGAGAGCACGCAGAGCCAAGGAGGCAACAGCCAGGCCGACAAGACCGAUACUGGCAUGAUGAGCCCCGAGAGCAUGGAACGCUAG